UUAUAUUAGCCUGCAGCCGCCGCCAUUACCAGCCGACGGCAGCUAGCAGCUACUUACGCUUCAGCAGGCCUGACGGUUUCUGGAGAUUAAUUUCAAAAAUUCCGUUCUAGUAGUGGCUUUUGUUUAUUAAUAAUUUACAUUUCUGCUAUAAAGACGAGAAUUAGUUUGUGUUUUAUCAAAUGAAAAACCAGUUUACACCGUAAAACCAAUUAGCAACUUUACCGCAAGCUAACAGACGGCUAGCUGCUAACAGUGCCCAUAUCCUGCUUCCAGAGAAAUCAUUUGGGAUAACUUUAUUUCAGCUGUAAGCCCUGGUGUGAUGCAUUCGCUGACUCAGGAGAUCCAAGGGUUCUCAAAAAAUUGCCUGAAGAAACAAUGCACUCAUGUUACCACGGUGACAGGCAGGAAGCUGGUGGAGAGGCGGCAUGAUGGUGCAGAGCAAGUGGAAGAGCUGGAGGAGGGAAAUGGAUGUGGAUUUGUAGAAGAUAAAAGUUUGGACCUUCAAGUUGGUGUCAUUAGACCCUAUCUACUACUGGGCUCUCAGGAUGCAGCCCAUGACAACGACACCCUGCAGAGAUAUAAGGUGACUCAUGUGCUAAAUGUGGCCUACGGAGUUAAUAACCUGUUCCCAGAUCAGCUGGUGUACAAGACACUCCAGAUCCUGGACCUUCCAGACACUGACAUCACGUCCUAUGUUGGGGAAUGCAGCUCCUUCAUAGACCAGGUUCAAGAGCAGGGCGGUGUGGUGCUGGUCCACUGUAACGCUGGUGUGUCGCGCUGUGCAUCCGUAGUGAUUGGCUACCUGAUGCUGAGGGAGGGGCUGCUCUUUGAAGAUGCGUACAGCCAGGUUAAGCUGGCGAGGCCUUCAGUUCGCCCAAACCCCGGCUUCUACCAGCAACUACAGAACUACAAACCAUGAGAGAGGAGGAAAAAAAACAGCCUCACAGGACUGUAACAACAAAUCUGGCAGAACCACUACACACUAUUUUGAUAUUUUAAAUUAAAUCGUCUAAUUUGCA